UUUAAAAUAGUUAAUAAAUAAUCAAUAUUUUAUUUGUAAAAGGAAAAUGAAGCAAUAAUAUUUCAAAUCAAAACGAUUUAUUAAAGACCGAUUAUCAAAUUGUGACGUUUAGCAUUUUUCAAAAAUUUGAGAUUUAUUAAAACCAAAAUUUAGGCAGAAAAAUAUAACCUUAAACUAUCUAUACCUCAAAAACGUUUUUAUUUUACUCAAUUUGAAGUACACAAAUGAAGACUAAAGAAAAAUUUAAUUAAAUAUGAUUUCCAAGCGGUUUUUACCUGUGAGAAGUAUUUUCUCAGUGAGCAACUUCUAUAAUAGGUACAAGCGCCCGCAAUUAGUUUCUUAUUCUACAUCUAAUUCAAAUGAACCAGUGUACAAGGAAGGAGAUUUAGGCACUUCUAAAGUAUUGACUGGUGAAGUUCUAUCAAAAGAUCACUUCAUUUUUAAUGCAAUUGGAGCAACAGAAGAACUUUUAAGCUAUUUAGGACUUGCUCGAGAACAUGCUUUGGAAAAUAAUCAUGAAUAUUGUGAUAAAAUAAAACGGAUUCAGACUGUUAUUAUUGACAUAAGUACUGCUAUAUCCAAUUUUUAUGGGGAUAAAAAUAAGCAGAAUUUGUCACCAAAUCAUAAGAAAGAACUAGAGGACUGGAUUAUUAAUUACUCUAAACAAUUGCCGCCUCCAGAACAGUACAUUAUACCUGGCAGUGGAGUUGCUAGUGCAUCUCUGCAUGUGGCUAGGGCAAUAUGUCGUAGAACAGAACGUGUUAUAACACCACUAGUGAGAGAUGGCGGUUUAGAUAAAGAAGCACUUAUUUAUUUGAAUAGAUUGGCUGAUUUUCUGUUCACCAUUUCAAGAAUAGCUGCAAAAUUAGAUAAACGCAAUGAAAGUAUCUAUAUUCCCCCAAAACCUGAUGAAAAAAUCCAAGCCCAAGCGUCAUAUUUUAGAAAAAAAUGAAUAAUUGCAAGGAAGAAGCAAUAAGCCAAACCAUGGUAUAUGACUUUAAGUUUGUUUAUUUAUCAUUCAUAUUAGUGGAGGCACAAUAUCAAAUCAUUAUUUUAUGUAAUAUAAUGUAUAGGUUUUGUGAUAACA